AUGAGAUUGAGAAGCACCAAAGCUCUCGUCACGGUAGCCCUUCUCGGCACCCUCUCCUUCGCCCAAGAGGAUCAGGAAGCCUCGACGAAUGCUCCAGAAGACUCUCCAGCUUCUGACCCACUUGCCCCUCAUAACGAUGACGCUCUUCUGAAGCCAGUCCUCGCAAAGGAUAUGAGAUCUCGUGGAGCUUCUGGUCAACGACGCGGACCAUUUGCCUCCUUCUCCGGUAACUAUGGAUCUUAUGGAGGAGGUGGUGGAUACGGUGGAGGCGGAGGCGGAGGCGGUGGUGGAGGACCAUUCGGUGGAUUCAAUGGAGGAUACGGUCAAGGAGGAUACGGAGGUGGUGGUGGAGACUAUGGAGGCGGUGGCAUGGGAGGAUACGGAGGAGGAGGAUACGGUAAUGGAGGCGGCGAUGGCGGAGGCGGUUACGGUGGAUACGGUGGCGGCGGAUACGGUGGAAUGGGCGGCGGACCAGGCGGAUAUGGAAUGGGUGGAUUCGGAGGAGGUGGCGAUUAUGGAGGUUAUGGAGGCGGCGGAAUGGGAGGUGGCGGAUAUGGUGGCGGAGGAGAUGGCGGAUACGGAGGAGGCGGUCAAGGAGGAUUCGGCGGCGGUGGAAUGGGAGGAUAUGGUGGAGGAAUGGGUGGCGGUGGAUACGGAGGCGGUGGAAUGGGAGGAGGCGGAUAUGGCGGCGGUGAUGGAGGAUAUGGACCAUCCGGUGGAUAUGGAGGAGGUUACGGACCAAGCGGCGGAUACGGUAUGGGAGGCGGAGGCGGUGGCGGAUGCCCGAAUGGAGAGUGCCGUGGAAAGAAGUAA